CCAUGGGACGGCUGUGUUGCUGCCAACACAGUGCUCCUCACCCCGGGAUCACCACAUUACGGGAGGCCUCUGAUGGCAGAGGCUUGGAUCAACCGCUACCGCAAGCAGCUGGUGAGGUCCAUCUCGCCGCAGUUCCUGGAGGAGAUCAUCCGCUACCUGCGGCGGCUGGACCUGCUCACGGCAGAGGAGGCAGGGCGGGCGCAGGAGGCGAGCUCCCUGCCCGAGCAGGUGAGGGCCGUGGUGGACAUCCUGGCUGGCAAGGGCAGCUACGCCUCCCAGUCCCUGCAGACCUUCAUCGAGACCACCAAUUCCCAGCUCUACCUUCACAUCACCGUCUACGAACCCAUGGUGCAGAAGCACCUGGAAAGUCUCCAAAGCUACUAUGGGAAUGGCUUAGAGACGGGUCCCCUCCAGCGGCUCACAAACCUGCUGCUGGUGGAAGGCUUGACUGAUAUUCAACAGAAGGAGCAUGAUAUCCUGCAGAUUGAAGCCACCAAGGGCCUACAAAAUGUAUCCAAGAGCAUCCCUUUGGAGAAGCUCUUCCUGCCUCUCUCCAAGGUCAGCAUCCCACCUCGAAUCUCCGUCACCAUUGGAGUAGCCGGGAUUGGCAAAAGCACACUGGUGAAGCUGUUUGUCUACACCUGGGCAAAGGGGGAGAUCAACAGAGACAUCAUCCUUGUGCUGCCCCUCACGUUCCGGGAGCUCAACACCUAUGAGAAGCUCUCUGCUGAGAAGCUCAUCUGCUCAGCGUUCCCUCACAUCUCUGAUCCCAACUGCAUCUCGGCGGGAGCCGCCAGGACCCUGCUGAUCCUCGAUGGCUUGGAUGAGUUCAAGACUCCUCUGGAUUUCUCCAACACAGUAGUAUGCACUGAUCCCAAAAAGGAGAUCCAAGUGGAUAACCUGAUCACCAACAUUAUACGUGGCAACCUGCUGCAAGAGGCUUCUGUCUGGGUCACAUCACGGCCCACAGCAGCCAGCCAAAUCCCUGGUGGCCUUGUUGACCGGAUGACAGAAAUACGAGGUUUUGGAGCUGCAGAGAUGAAGGAUUUCUUGGACCAGAUGUUCCUGGACAACAAAGACCUAUCUGGCCAAGUCCUGCACCACAUCAGGGCUAACAGGUCACUACACAUCAUGUGCACCAUUCCUGGCUUUUGCUGGAUUUGUGGUUCCUCAAUUGGUUAUUACCUAAAACACAGCACAGAUCAACCCCAAGAAACAACUGGUGUCCCCAAGACCCUCUCAGAAAUCUACUCCUACUAUUUUAAAAUGGCUCUGAGCAGCGACUGGCCAGAAAAGCCAAGAGAAACCCUCAGGAUCGAGCAGGCUGUGAACAACAGCAAGAAGAUAGUGGGCAGCCUGGGCAGGCUGGCCUUCUACGGGCUGCUGAAAAAGAGAUACGUCUUUUACGAGCAGGACUUGAAGGCCUAUGGCAUUGACCUCUCCUUGCUGCAGAGCAGCUUGUGCAGCCGGCUCCUGCUCAAAGAGGAGAUGCAAUCCAUCACAGCUUACUACUUCUCCCACUUAACCCUACAGGAGUUUCUAGCAGCCAUCUAUUACUACACAGCUGCAAAGAGGGCAAUAUUCGACCUCUUCACGGAGAGCGGGAUGUCCUGGCCCAAGCUGGGUUUCCUCAACCACUUCAAGAGCGCUGUUCAGAGGUCGCUGCAGGCAGAGGACAGGCAGCUGGACAUCUUUGUGCGCUUCCUCUCUGGGCUCCUGUCCCCACAGGUGAACAAGCUGCUCUCUGGGUGGCUGCUAGUGAAGGAUGAGCACAACAGCUUCAGGAGCCAAGCGAUCGGCUUCCUCCAGGGCUGCCUGAACACUGACUAUGCCAUCUCCUCGCGGGCAGUGAACACCAUGCACUGCCUGCACGAAAUCCAGCACACGGAGAUCGCCAUGAUGGUGGAAGAAGCAAUGAAGAAUGAGAGCUUGGCUGGGAUGCUCACCCCUGUGAACUGCUCUGCCCUGGCUUAUCUCCUGCAGGUCUCUGAUGUCUGCAUGGAGGAGACGAACCUCUCCAACUGCCUCACCUACAACGUCUGUAAGAGCCUUCUCUCCCAGCUCCUCUUCUGCCACAUCCUCAGGCUAGACAAUAACCAGUUUCAGGACAACGUGAUGGAGCUGCUGGGCAGCAUGCUGAGCGUGAAGGACUGCCAUAUCCAGAAGCUCAGUUUGGCAGAAAAUCAGAUCAGCAACAAGGGAGCCAAAGCACUGGCCAGAUCGCUGCUCGUGAACAGGAGCCUGACAACACUGGACCUGCGUAACAACUCCAUUGGCCCCACUGGAGCAAAAGCACUGGCUGAUGCGCUGAAGCAGAAUCAAGUCCUGCUCUCCCUGAACCUGCAGCACAACACCAUCAAGGAGGAUGGUGCCACCUUCCUGGCUGAGGCCCUGUUGACCAACCGCAGGCUGACAACCCUGCACCUGCAGAAAAAUGCCAUUGGAGCCCAUGGCGCCAGGAGAAUAGCAGAGGCGCUGAAGCAGAACUGCAGCCUGAAGGAGCUGACACUAUCCAGCAACUCGGUAGGAGACAACGGCUCGGUUGCCUUGGCCGAAGCUCUGAAGGUGAACCACAGCCUGCAAAGCCUUGAUCUCCAGAGCAACUCCAUCAGCAGUGCUGGGCUCACCGCGCUGACAGCAGCUCUCUGUUCCAACAAGGGACUCAUCAACCUCAACCUGCGGGAGAACUCCAUCAGCAAGGAGGGGGGCCCCGCCAUUGCCCGGGCCCUGCAGGCCAACAGCACCCUCAGGAAGCUGGACUUAGCAGCCAACCUGCUGUACGACGAAGGUGGCAAGGCCAUUGCUUUAGCGAUGAAGGAGAACCGGGCGCUCAUAUCCCUCCACUUGCAGUGGAACUUCAUCCAGGCAAAAGCUGCUGCAGCCCUAGCACAAGCACUACAGUCCAACAGCAGCCUGGCCAGCCUUGACUUACAGGAGAAUGCCAUUGGAGACGAGGGAAUGGCUGCUCUCUCCACUGCGCUGAAGGUCAAUACAACCCUGGCACAUCUCCACCUGCAGGUGGCUUCAGUUGGCGCAGCUGGUGCCCAAGCCCUGGCAGAAGCUUUGAUGGUCAACAAGAGCCUGCAGAUCCUGGACUUGCGGGGAAACUCCAUUGGCGUGGCUGGGGCCAAGGCAAUGGCCAACGCGCUGAAGGUGAACCGCAGCAUCCGCUGGCUCAACCUGCAGGAAAACUCCCUGGGCAUGGACGGAGCCAUCUGCAUCGCCACUGCUCUGAAGGGAAACCACGGCCUCACCUACAUCAACCUGCAGGGGAACCGCAUCGGCCAGUCAGGAGCCAAGAUGAUCUCCGAUGCCAUCCGGACAAACUCCCCUGACUGUGUGGUGGACGUGUGAAGCGCCUGGCCACAGAGAGGAGGUGGCCCA